AUGGACAAUAAUAUAGACAUUGUAAAAAAUGAAAAACAAAUUGCAACAUCAUCAAAUUCUUUAACAGACAUUUUUGAUACUACAAACAAUACGAAUACACCCAGAAUAAAUACUGAUAGUAUAAUUAUAGACAAUAUAGACAAUACUCAAAAUUCUCCCGCUGACUCCACUUCAAAAACUUUAACUCCCACUUCGAAAGCUCUUACCCCAUUCACUUCCACAGUAGAUAACACCUCGAGACAAAUAAGUUCUGCAUCAACGAUAGCUGAUGCUGUUAAACCUUCUCGACAACCUUUUUCUUUCGCUCCUUACCUACUUUCUCCUUUAUUCGAUCCAAAAAAUUUGAGAUUACUAAAAAUUUUUGGUGGAACUGAUGGUAUAAUAAAAGGUUUACACACAAAUAUUGAAACCGGUCUAAGUAGUGAUGAAAUGGCUCCUCUAGAUGAAAUAUCACUAGAUGAAAUAUCAGACAUCGCAAAUGAAGAUGACACCGAAUAUUUAGAGAGAAUUAAAUCUAAAAAAUCUACCGCCGCUCCUAUAAUAAUAACUGGUCAACAACCUGUUGAUAGCUCUCCUUUCUAUCAAAGAAAAAUGGCUUUUGGUACUAAUGUCUUGCCCGAAAGAAAACCAAAAUCUAUAUUUGUGUUAAUGUGGAUGGCCUUGCAAGAAAAGAUUUUGGUCCUGUUGACUAUUGCUGCAAUCAUUUCACUAGGUCUUGGUUUGUACGAGGAUCUCCGUCCAAAUGCUGACCCAAAUAAGCCAAAAGUAAGUUGGGUGGAAGGUGUUGCUAUAAUUGUUGCUAUCAUGAUAGUUGUCUUGGUCGGAAGUAUAAAUGAUUGGCAGAAAGAACGUCAAUUCCAGAAAUUAAAUGCUAAAAAAGAAGAUCGUCAUGUAAAAGCUACAAGAAAUGGCAAGGAAUUCUUAUUGUCUGUUCAUGAUAUUUUAGUUGGUGACAUACUACAUUUAGAACCUGGUGAUAUAAUAGCUGCUGAUGGUAUAUUGGUAUCAGGUCAUAACCUUCGAUGUGACGAGUCUGCAGCAACAGGUGAAAGUGACGCUGUAAAGAAAAUCAAAUACGAAAAUAUCAAUAACCAAUUAUCGUCCGGAUCAACAAGCAAUCAACCUCAUCUAAAUACAACCCACAUAAAAGCUGAUCCUUUUAUAAUCAGUGGAAGCAAGGUUAUAGAGGGUGUGGGGUCUUAUGUUGUCACUUGUGUUGGUGCGAAUUCUUACCAUGGUCGUACAAUGAUGUCCCUUAGAUCGGAACCAGAAGACACUCCACUUCAAAUCAAAUUAAAUGAUCUUGCUGAAAAAAUCGCCAAACUUGGUGGUGCUGCUGCGUUACUUAUGCUCAUGGUUUUAUUAAUAGAAUAUUUUGUUACAUUUCGUAAUGGAGCUCCUGGCACUGCUUCUGAAAUUUUAGAAAGUUUGACUACAAUCUUUAUAUCUGCUGUGACUGUGGUGGUGGUUGCCGUACCAGAAGGUUUACCAUUAGCUGUAACUUUAGCACUUGCUUAUGCAACAACGCGCAUGCUUAAGGAUAAUAAUCUUGUUCGUGUUUUAGCCGCUUGCGAAACAAUGGGAAACGCUACCAUUAUAUGUUCAGACAAAACUGGAACAUUAACUCAAAACAAAAUGACUGUAGUUGCUGGAACAAUUGGUUUAUCAAAGUCUUUUGUAAGGGAUGUCGAUGUCACACGUAGGAAUUCCCCUUCUCAAAAAAUACCAAAAACGCUAGAAAAUCCUAUCCUUUUAAAAGAUUUGGCAAAAGAAUUACCCGCCGACUCGCUUAAAUUAUUAGAAGAAUCAAUAGCUAUAAAUUCAACGGCAUUUGAAGGUGAAAAGUUGGAGGAUGGUAAAAUUAAUUUUGUCGGUUCAAAAACUGAUACUGCUUUAUUGAGUCUUCUUUUCGAUUUAAAUCUGGAAAACUAUAAAUCAUUAAGAGAGUCUGCUAAAAUUCAACAGCUUUACCCAUUUAGUUCUGAGCGGAAAGCGAUGGGUAUAGUGGUAAAACUGAAAAAUAAUAAAUUUAGGUUCUUAGUAAAAGGUGCCAGUGAAGUUUUGCUUAAAAAAGCAACAAAAAUAAUCGAAUCAACUGAUAAAUUAGCAUUUGAUAGUAAUGCCGAUGUGGUCGAUUUAUCAGAAGAGGAUAAUAAGACGCUUCAUAAAAUAAUAGAUCAUUAUGCUGGUCAAAGUUUAAGGACUAUUGCUAUAGCUUAUCGCGAUUUUGAUGAAUGGCCACCAAAAAAUACGAUUGUUGAUGACGGGGGCGAAGUUAAAUUUGAAGAUUUGGCUGAGAAUGUAACAUUGAUAGGCAUAAUGGGUAUUGAGGAUCCGUUAAGAGUUGGUGUAAAAGAAGCUGUCUUGGAUUGUAAAAAGGCAGGUGUGAGAGUUUGUAUGGUGACUGGUGACAAUCUUCUAACAGCAAAAUCUAUUGCAGCUCAAUGUGAUAUAUAUACUAAUGGUAAAGUUAUGGAGGGUCCAGUGUUUCGUGAACUUUCACCUGAGGAAAUGGACAAUGUCAUACCAAGAUUACAGGUUCUUGCAAGAUCUAGUCCCGAAGAUAAAAAAAUUUUAGUUAGUCGUUUAAGAGAAAUGGGUGAAGUAGUUGCUGUUACUGGUGAUGGUACAAAUGAUGGACCUGCUCUUAAAGCAGCUGAUGUUGGUUUCUCAAUGGGCAUUGCUGGUACCGAGGUAGCAAAGGAAGCAUCUUCAAUUAUUUUAAUGGAUGAUAAUUUUGCAAGUAUAGUCAAAGCCAUUAUGUGGGGAAGGUGUGUAAAUGAUUCCGUGAAAAAAUUCUUACAAUUUCAAUUGACAGUCAAUGUCACAGCAGUAGUCUUGACAUUUGUAUCUGCUGUGUCAAGCGGCAGUCAAGAGUCUGUUCUUACCGCCGUACAAUUAUUAUGGGUUAAUCUUAUCAUGGAUACCCUUGCCGCACUUGCACUUGCUACAGACCCACCAACACCUGAAUUAUUAGAUCGUGAUCCUGAACCUAAAACUGCACCUCUUAUAACUUUCGAUAUGUGGAAAAUGAUACUCGGUCAAAGUCUUUUUCAAUUGGUGGUAACAUUUGUUUUACUAUAUGCUGGCAAUAAUAUCUUAAAUUAUGAUGACUUAGUGGAUAAAGAUGCAGCUAAAUUGAGAUUGGAUACUGUUAUAUUUAAUACUUUUGUUUUCUUGCAAAUUUUUAAUGAACUCAAUUGUCGUCGUUUAAAUCAUAAGUUGAAUAUAUUCAAAAAUAUAACAGCAAAUAAAUUUUUAAUUGUCAUAUUUUUCAUAACGGUUGUUGGACAAAUACUUAUAGUUGAAUUCGGUAGUGUGGCAUUUCAUACUACCCAUCUUAAUAUAUAUGAAUGGUUAUUGUGUAUAAUAGUUGGAUUUAUGUCAAUACCAUUUGGAGUUGUAAUUCGAUUAAUACCCAAUGAAUUUUUCAUGUGUUAUACCAAACCUGACAGCACAAAGACAGUUGCGUCAAUCAACAGGAAUUCAAUGUAUUCACCUCAUACUCUGGUUGGAGCUGAUCAGAAAGAAUGGAAUGAAGCAGUUCUUAAGGUCCAAAAUCAGUUGGGAGUUUUCAAGGCACUUCGUGGUGGUAGAUUCAAAGCCCAUUUUGGAGAUCGUAAAGAGAAACAAGUUACAAGAUCAAACGCCUUUGCGGCAGCUACAAUGGUUCCAAGUUUGAUAUCUGCAUCAGUUGGAGCAGGAUGGGCACCGAUACAAAUUAUUGAUAACGGUAAUGGUGGUAGGGAACCAAGUAUCACACAAUUGGAUUUAGCUGCUCUAAGAUCAAGAUCAAGGAAUCAAUCUUUUCAAGAUAGCAGAAAUGGAUCUCCUAGAAGUAAUUCAUUUGCCAAAAGUCCUACUAGUAAUAAUGGUGUUGGUUUAGAUAACGUAUGA